CAGACAAUGCGACCAACUAUGUCAAUGCUGUAGAGAGGUACUUGGGGAUCACAGAUAUCCCGUGCAUGGCUCACACAAUUAACUUGGCAGCGAGAAAAGGGCUUGCAGAGCGUUCUGUUGCAACAACAGUUAGUCGCCUGAAGGCUGCCGCUCAGCAUUUCAAGCACUCCCCUACAGACAGCUACCUCCUUGAGUCCAAGCAGAAACUCCUUGGUCUCAAACCAGUCCAGCUCAUCAACGACUGCCCCACCCUCUGGAACAGUACGUACGAUAUGAUCUGUCGGGCAGCUGAUCAACAAGCCGCUGUUGCAGCGGUGAUAAUGGAGAAGAAACUCAGCCGUCUGGAGCUCAGCAGUGUGGAGUGGACCCUGAUGGAGAAGGUGAAAGACGUGCUGAAGCCGUUCAAAGUAGCCACCCAGGCGCUGUCAACAGAAAACUACCCAACAGCAUCAGCGGUCCUCCUCCUGCAGUAUGUGCUUCUGACACAACUCAAUCCCUCCACCAAUGACCCGGCAGCACUGAAAGAGAUGAAAUCAAUGAUAUCAACUGAUCUGAAGGCACGAUAUGGCCCCGACAAAGAUGCAUUCUUCCUACUGAACACAGCCAGCUACCUCGACCCGCGUUUUCACCGACUGGUUCAUUUGGAACAAGAGUCGCGGCAGGCAGUGCGAGAUAAGGUUCAGAGGGAGCUUGCCGAGCUCAGCGAGGAGACAGGCGGAGAGGAAGGCCAAGAGGAGAACGCCACGGCUACGGAGCCACAGCAGUGCAAGGAAAAGAAUGCUCUUAGCGCGAUGGGGGACCUCUUUGGCGAUGUGUACUGCCAAAACUCGGCAGGAGUCAGACCAAAUGAAGAUGUGCUCCAAAGAGAAAUGAUGGCCUACGACAGUGAGCCCCCACCCCCGUCUGACAGCAACCCGCUGUCCUGGUGGAAGGAGAGAAGCCUCAAGUACCCCCAUCUCGCCCAGCUGGCACGCGGCUACCUGGCAAUAUGCGGGACAUCUGUGAGGGCGGAACGAGUGUUUUCCACAGCCAGGAACAUAGUCACAAAGCAGUGCUCUUCUCUAGAGCCAGAAAAUGUGAAUCACCUUGUCUUUUUGGCGAACAACCUAAAAAAGUCUGCAGCCAGAUAAACUGUAGCCAGCCAGAUAGCCCAUAAUGGCGAGUUCUAAUUUAGCCUAGGCUUACAUGUUUGAUUGUUGGAGAUAUAGCCCUGCAUCUCGAAGUGUUAAUCUACAUGAUUGAUGGGGAUUGGGGAGGAGAAUGCAUCCCGAGUGUUCAAUUUACAUCUCAAAGUGCCUUGUUCUUGGUAAUUGCUGUCAGAUCGCUAAUCGCUGGUAGGAUGUGCUUGUUUUGAAUAGGUCUACCAAAUAGGGCCUACCUUUAUUUAUUUUGUCUUUUCAGUACUUAGCCUGACUGGCUUAUUUUUUAUUUAUUUUUUGAUAAGAACAGUGGAUAAA